AUGAUUAAAGAAUACUUCACCGAUGGCCUUAUAGGAAUAGCCAUAAUUCUUAGCUUGUUUCGAACAGACUUGGUUGGCAUCAACAACCUCAUCAACUACCCAGAGGUUCAGGAUAUUAUUCUAGGACAGACAGCAGCCUACUUGCCUGCAAAUUAUCAUCAUAUUCACAGCUCCUUGGGGACUCACAUCAACCCCAAACAUUUGGAUUUUGAUAAUACUGCGUUUAAUGCCUGGUUUCAGAACAUCAAUAAUCUGCCAUUGUUUCGAGAGAGUAGAGCCAAUGAUAUAGAAGCGUUCUUAGUUAGCGGAUCUCAGGAAAAUGUUGAUGGUGAGCAGUAUGCCAGUGACCAGUCAAGAAGUGCUUUUUCUGAGAGUAAUUCUGUUUCCAGGACUUCGUCGUCUUUCCCAUUAGAAAGUGCUAGCUCUUUCAUUGAGGAAUUAGUCUCAGUUGUGCCAGGAAGUUCACAAGUCACUUCCGUUAAUGAGACAAGUACAGUAGAUGAAUCAAAUGAAGGUGUUAAUCAGAAAGACAGUGUAGAUUCCUGGUUGUUAAAUGGCACAUUUACCGGAAGUAAUUUAACAAAAGAGGAUCUGAAGCUGAUUGACAUACUAUAUCAGCAAGAUGUCGACCUGGGUGUGGGGAAAGAGGUCUUCGAUCCCCAGUACAGGGAGGAGCUGGAGAGGGAACGUGAGUUGGAGUUCAUCAAGAAUCAAGAGUGGCAAAAAACUCAGCUCCUGGCUAGAGAGAAGGAAGAACAGAAACAGAGAGAACAGAAAGAUAAAUGGCUGCUGAAGAAUUUCAGGCGGGAUGGAGAGACAGGUGAAUGGGUGCAUGUUUGGAAUGGAGCCGGGGAGAGCAGUAGCAGACCUCUUUCACUGCCUGAUGUUGAUAACAGCAGGACAGAUGAGGAAUUUAUCUCACUUGAAGCUGCACUGGAAUUUUUAGAAAACUUAGGUGGUAGGGAGGAAAGCAUCAACACACCAUCAAUCACAAACGAAGUGCAACAGGAACAGCAGCAGCAACAGCCACAAUUGAUGCACCAGGACAGCUUUAAUGAAAACUGGAACGGUCUGGUCGACUACCUGAAUCUUACCAAUGAAAAGUUCAAUGAAAGCUUGAACAUCAACAACAGCGUCAUCCCUCCACUUGCUGAUGACAUAAACAUCCCCUUCAGCUUGGACCCAGACCUGCAGACAGAGUACCUGAUCCAGAAUGUCACACUGCCUUUGCUGGAUGUUUCAGCUGAUUUAAGUACACUGACACAGCCUGAGGAACUGAACUCGUCCAUGCCAUUCCAGUCUGUGGACAUGAAUACCACCAUUGAUUUCGAUAUUGGGGACCUAAACUUCUUCAGUAACUUUACCAGCUUGCAGAAUACAUCCACUGAGAGCAUAGGCCUGGCAGAGGGAGAUGAGUUCUUGCAGAAUAUACAAGACACCGGCAGUGACAUUCUGAUGAAUAAAACUUUGGCUGAGAACAUGGAUGCCAUUCAGCUGUUGGAGGAUAACCUCAACUUUACUGACAUGGGAUCCAUACAUAUGCUGGAGGACAACUUGACUUUUGCUGCAGACUCCCGGAGUUCUUCGCCGCUCACUGGUUUUAAUGACACCUUUGAUGGUCUAGAGGGAGCCACUGGAGGCUCAGACUUUGGACACAGCUAUGGGGACACCAACGACCAGUUCACAAAAGUAUCCCGCCUGUCCGAGUCCUCCAGCGAUUCUGGGUUUGCUUACCAAGGAGGCUUUACGUCACCCUCGUCGUCAGCCUCCUCCUCCUAUGCUGGAAGCCCUUCAGGCUCUCACAGUGGUCUCAACAGCUCAGCUUCUAGUAACGACACUGAACACGAUCCGCAUGGCACUCGUUCUGUGGUCAAUCAUCACGUGGCUCACAACCACACAUACAACACCCUGCCAGGACAAACACCAAGAGAGGUAAAGAAAUAUGCACAAAAAAUACCAUCCCGCAAAGGCCCCCAGAGCCGCGACCAGCGGCGAGCUGAAGAACUCAAAAUUCCAUUUACUGUUGAUGAUAUUGUGGACUCUUCGGUGGAAGCUUUCAAUGAGAUGCUUACAGCACACAAGCUGAACGAGGCCCAGCUGACAUUGAUCAGGGACAUCCGAAGGCGUGGUAAAAAUAAAGUUGCCGCCCAGAACUGCAGAAAACGCAAGGUCAGCAUAAUUUACAACCUAUCAGAUGAGACAACAGAACUGCAAAAGAUGAGGGACAGGCUCCUGGCGGAGCGUGCAGCCAUGGAUCGCGAACGGAGCAAGCUAAAAGAAAAGUGCAGUCACCUGUACUCACACAUUUUCCAGUCACUUCGAGAUGAACGUGGUGCACCUUAUGACCCCAAUUUUUAUUCGCUCCAGCAGUCCAGCGACGGCAGUGUGUUUCUGGUUCCUCGGAACCUCACAGGAAUCAACAGCAAAAAUGGCACAUCAUCGGCAGCAGCAAAGAAUAUUGCCACUCCCAAGAAGCGAAAGUUCUUGGAUGAAUAA